CCCAGGGAACCAAGCAGCGCUGCCGCCGCCGCCGCUGCAGCCGGAGUUGGAGGAGGGAGAAGCCAGGAAGAAAAUGGCCGCCGUGGCUGCAGAGGCGGCAGCGACUGCAGCGUCCCCCGGGGAGGGGGGCGCCGGCGAGGCCGAGCCGGAGAUGGAGCCCAUCCCCGGCAGUGAGGCCGGCACUGAUCCCCUCCCGGUCACGGCCACUGAAGCGUCUGUGCCGGAUGGCGAGGCCGACGGGCAGCAGUCCGCUCCUCAGGCCGACGAGCCGCCGCUCCCGCCGCCACCGCCGCCACCAGGGGAGCUCGCCCGCAGCCCGGAGGCAGCGGGGCCGGAGCUGGAGGCUGAGGAGAAACUGUCCAUUCGGGUGGCGGAGUCGGCGGUAGCCGCGCCUCAGGGAGGGCCCGAACUUCCACCUUCUUCUGCACCGCCGCAGGAGCAGCCCCCGGCUCCUGAGGAGCGCGAGGAGCCGCCGCUGCCUCAGCCUGCAGCUCCGGCGCUCGUGCCGCCGGCGGGCGGGGACUCCACGGUGUCGCAACUGAUCCCGGGCUCGGAGGUGCGGGUCACGCUGGACCACAUCAUUGAGGACGCGCUCGUCGUGUCGUUCCGCCUCGGGGAGAAGCUCUUCUCGGGGGUCCUCAUGGACCUGUCCAAAAGGUUUGGGCCCCACGGUAUCCCUGUGACAGUAUUUCCCAAAAGGGAAUAUAAGGAUAAACCAGAAGCCAUGCAGCUCCAAAGUAAUACAUUCCAAGAAGCGAUGGAAGUCAAGUGUGAAGCAAAUGGUGCUGUUCCCGAUGACCCUUCUCCUGUCCCGCCUCCAGAGCUGAGCUUGGCUGAAAGCCUGUGGACUUCCAAACCACCACCUCUCUUCCAUGAAGGAGCACCUUAUCCUCCCCCUUUGUUUAUCAGGGACACAUAUAACCAAUCAAUACCUCAGCCACCUCCUCGGAAAAUUAAGCGACCUAAACGAAAAAUGUACAGGGAAGAACCCACUUCAAUAAUGAAUGCUAUUAAAUUACGACCCAGGCAAGUUCUGUGUGAUAAAUGUAAAAACAGUGUUGUUGCUGAAAAAAAGGAAAUUAGAAAAGGUAGUAGUGCAAGUGACUCUUCUAAAUAUGAAGAUAAAAAACGGAGAAAUGAAAGUAUAACUACUGUGAACAAAAAACUGAAAACUGACAAUAAAGUGGAUGGGAAAAACCAAAAUGAAAGUCAGAAAAGAAAUGCUGUGGUUAAGGUUUCAAAUAUUGCUCACAGCAGAGGCAGAGUAGUAAAAGUUUCUGCUCAGGCAAAUACAUCAAAAGCUCAGUUAAGUACUAAAAAAGUUCUCCAGAGUAAGAACAUGGAUCAUGCGAAAGCUCGGGAAGUGUUAAAAAUUGCCAAAGAAAAGGCACAAAAGAAGCAAAAUGAAACCUCUGCUUCCAAAAAUGCACAUUCAAAAGUCCACUUCACACGUCGAUAUCAGAAUCCUAGCUCAGGUUCCCUUCCACCCCGGGUUCGUUUAAAACCACAGAGGUACAGGAAUGAAGAAAAUGAUUCUUCUCUGAAGACAGGACUUGAGAAAAUGCGGAGUGGCAAGAUGGCACCCAAGCCCCAGUCUCGCUGCACCUCUACCCGCUCAGCAGGUGAGGCCCCUUCAGAAAAUCAGAGUCCCUCAAAAGGCCCUGAAGAGGCCAGCAGUGAGGUUCAGGACACAAAUGAAGUGCAUGUGCCUGGUGAGCAGGAUGAACCACAGACAUUGGGCAAAAAGGGCAGCAAAAGCAAUAUCUCUGUUUACAUGGCCCUAAAUCAAAAGAAAUCUGACUCUUCCAGUGCUUCAGUGUGUAGCAUUGAUAGCACAGAUGAUUUGAAAUCUUCCAACUCUGAGUGUAGUUCUUCUGAAAGCUUUGAGUUUCCUCCAGGCAGUAUGCAUGCACCUUCCACCUCCUCCACUUCCUCCUCUUCAAAGGAAGAGAAAAAGCUCAGUAAUUCCUUGAAAAUGAAAAUCUUUUCCAAAAACGUCUCUAAAUGCGUCACACCAGAUGGCAGGACCAUAUGUGUAGGGGACAUUGUUUGGGCCAAGAUAUAUGGCUUCCCUUGGUGGCCAGCCCGUAUUCUUACUAUAACUGUGAGCCGGAAAGAUAACGGCCUUUUAGUCCGACAGGAGGCCCGUAUUUCAUGGUUUGGGUCUCCAACAACAUCUUUCCUUGCUCUUUCACAACUCUCCCCCUUUUUAGAAAACUUCCAGUCACGCUUUAAUAAGAAGAGAAAGGGCCUGUAUCGCAAGGCUAUUACAGAGGCAGCUAAGGCUGCCAAGCAGCUGACCCCUGAAGUACGGGCUUUGUUGACACAGUUUGAAACCUGAACAUGGACAGUAAGGUAGGCAAGACCAUUGGAAGUCACCACAGAUUUUCUAGUCGAGUUAGGGAUAAUUUCUACAAAACAGCUUGGCCAGAUUGGAGAGAGAAGUUGCAUUCAGUUGGCUGGCUUUUUAAUACUUACCUUAUAGCCAUUUUUAGACUGAGAAGCUUAAACUGAACAUAUAAUCAAUUUUUGUGUUGAGAUUUUAGCAGUAUUUUUCAGUUUUGAAGUCCAAAACCAUCCCAAGGCAUAGGAGCCAUAGCCUCAACUGAAUUGAAUUUUUGUAGGGACUGUUAAUUGCUAUUUGUACCUAAUACUGUAUAUAUACAUAUAUAUACAUAUAUAUAUAUAUGAAAUAGAGCCUGUCACUAUGUGACACAGGUUGCAUAUUUGGGAUUGCAGUAAGGGCUUGGUGAGCUGGGGGAAUAAUGUGGAUAUUUAAUGACUACUUGUUUUUUAAAUAAUGAACACUUAGCCUUUCUAUGCACAUAACAGUGUACAAGUUAGAUGGUUAGGUGUUUGACAAACAGAUGCUUGCUGUUCAGUUACAGACUGGGGAAAUAGCCCAGUAUUUGGGAUUAAAACUGUCAAGACUAGAUAGGUUUUAGUCAUCACUGUCUUUUGUUCAGUGGGGAUUUAAUCAAUACUUUCAAGCUUCUGGUUUGGGAGUGUAGAUAGGUUUGAUUUUGGAUAUGUAAAUAGUUGAUUGCUAAAUUUGGUCAGAUUUCUCCUGACUGGCUGUUCCUAAAUUCUUAGGAUAUGUCCCAGUAAAAUUACACUUUGUGAAUUAAUUGUCAUUUGUGUAAUUGUUGCAUUUUGGAUGUAACCUAAUUUGAUAAUUAAAAAAAAUAAUUUCCGUUUAAGGUAUCUGUUUGCAGGUCAGAAAAUGAGAAAAUGUAAUUGUGUAAUGCUCUGAAAUGUAAAAAACAAAAACAAAAAAGCUGUAAAUAAAAUCAACUAAAUCCAAA